GAUGAUAUCGGCUAUAUAGUGUUGUAAUUAUUAUAUAUUCGUUUAUCGCAUAUUUCUUUUCUCUGGUUGAAUUAUUCGUCUACAACAUAUUUCGAUUAUUACCUUUUACCGGAAAUUUAUUUUUAAAAUUUAUAUUGAUCUUAUCCUUCAAUAUACAAUGACAGUUAAAUAUCGCAUUUCACUAUUCCUGUUCCACUUAUUUUUAGUAUUUAUAACAUCGAUCGAGAUAACUGGGCCACGCGAAAAUGUUAACGAAGUUUCCUCCUUAGUUUCAAAUGGAGCUAAGCGUACCACCAAAAAUGAACGAUGCCAGCCUAUAACCCUACCACUGUGUCAGGGUAUACAAUAUAAUUCCACCAUUAUGCCCAACUUGCGAGGUCACUCUAGUCAAGAGGAAGCUGGUCUUGAGGUUAACCAAUUUUUCCCCCUUGUUAAAGUCCAAUGCAGCCCUGACCUAAAUCUUUUUCUUUGCUCAGUUUAUGUGCCUGUCUGUACCAUCUUAGAUCGGGCUAUACCUCCUUGCCGUUCACUCUGUGCCUCAGCCCGAAAUGGCUGUGAAAAGCUAAUGAAUGAGUUCAACUUUUUUUGGCCUGAAGGUUUUGACUGCAAAAAGUUUCCUGUCUCAGGCUUAUGUGUUGGCAAUAAUAUCAGUAGUACAAAUGGAAAGGAAGAUGUUUAUGACCUUGAACUGAAAAAAAUUGCUCAUUCACCACAAUCUCCCUACUUACAAAAUAAAAAGUAUCAUAAUCCAACAAUCACAAAAGUAUCAAGCAAUGGUAUUAAAAAGAUAAAUCAAAAUAUGAUAUUAGACACUCCAGAUAGGUCUUUUAGUUAUGAUACAAAUAAGGAGCGGAAAGAUGACAGACAACUUACAAGCAAAGGAAAUAAGAUUCACAAGAGCUUUGAAGAAUCACUUCUAAACACAGGAUUUAUAUGUCCAGAUAUUCUGAAAAUGAGGCCAACAAGCAGUGGACAUUUGAUUAACAUUGGUGGACAAAAGAUUGUAGAUUGUGCUACACCCUGUAAUUCUGGAAAUUGGCUUUUUACAAAUGAGGAUCAAAAGUUUUCCAGAGCAUGGAUUGCUUCCUGGGCUUCUCUUUGCACCUUAUCAACUUUAUUUACUAUAUUUACAUACUUAAUUGACACUAGACGUUUUAGAUAUCCAGAAAAACCUAUAAUUUAUCUCUCUGCUUGUUAUUUAAUCAUAUCUAUUAUGUACCUAAUUGGAUUUUUUAUAAAUGAUGAUUUAGCAUGUGAAUUAUACAACAAAGAAUCAUCUAUGUCAGUGUUUCCUCACCCUAGUUCAAUGCAACACUCAAAUAAUAUUGUAUUGUUUAAAAUUAUAUCUAAAGGAAGUUCUGAUGGCAUGAUAUUCAGCAAAUCAUUUCACAGCAUAAAAAAUAAUAAAGGUGGGUGCAUAGCCUUAUUUGCUACCUUAUACUUUUUUACCAUGGCUGGUCAUGUUUGGUGGGUCAUUCUAGCUCUUACUUGGUUUUUAGCUGCAGGUUUGAAGUGGAGUCAGGAGGCCAUUGGUGCUUAUUCAAAGUACUUCCAUUUAGCAGCAUGGGCUGCUCCAGCACUCAAAGCAAUUGCAGCCAUUGCUACACGCAAAAUUGAAGGGGAUCCAUUGUCGGGGACAUGUUUCAUUGGACUAACAGAUAUGUCAGCUCUCAAAGGCUUCCUAUUAGUACCUAUAGUGGCAUAUCUUAUUUGUGGAAUGACAUUUUUAUUGGCUGGAUUUUUUUCUGUUUUUCGUGUAAGAACAGUAAUGAAACUGGAUGGAACCAAAACUGAUAAACUAGAAAAACUAAUGAUACGAAUUGGCAUAUUUUCAGUUUUAUAUACAGUGCCUGCAGCUAUAUAUGUUGCAUGCUUGUUUCAUGAACAUAAAUAUUUUGAACAGUGGACAACAUGGUGGUGGUUCAACAAAGUUUGCAAAAAUGAGGGAAAUUAUUUUUUUGACAGACUACCUGACUUUCAUUCCUUCAACUUACGCAGUGAUGCAUCCAUCAAUUCGCCUCUUGCUUGUCAAUUGUUACACUCAUCAUAUCCUCACAAAUCCUCAUGGUUUUCACAUUAUUACAAUCACCAAGUAAAACCAAAUUUCUUGAUAUUUGUCACCAAAUAUCUAAUGUGCUUUGUGCCUGGAAUUUCUUCUGGAUUUUGGAUUUGGUCCACUAAAACAUUAUUCACCUGGAAAUCAUUUUGUUCUCACAAGACUGAAAAUACCCAUCAUAUAUGUGGAAUAUGCUGCCUUUCUAAUCGACAUGCUACCACGUCUUCACUGUCAUCGUGUCAUUAUUCUAAAAAUCUUUUUGCUUUAUAACAGUUUAAAUCAUGGGCAUUAAAAUAAUUUUAAUCAUAAAAUUGAUUCAUGGUUGCCCAUGUAUUUAUAUUGUUACAACACAGAAAGGUUUUUAAGAGUAUACAUAUUCUAAUUUUAUAUAUAGCUCUUAUGUGAUAAUAUUUAAAUAUUUUUUUUAUAUCAAACAAAUAUUCUAUAUCAUAAUAUUUAUAAAUUUCAAUUGUUAUUGCCUGUCAAACUGAAAUGA